AUGAAAGCUACAAAGUUAUUUUUUGUGAUUCUAUGCGGUGUGGGUAUGACAAUCUGGCUGUUUCUCUUUUUGGGCUUAGCAGGGCAAGAUGUGUUGCCGAUGGUGGAUGAAGUUGAGAAGGUCUCUUCUGCCAUCUUCUCACUUCAAAGACAAGUUGAACAGGAAAAAGAAGAACUACGUCGUUUAAAAGACGUGUUUAACCAACUAACCAUUGGAAAGCGCUCUGAAAAGGAAUUUGCGCAGCAGAAAGCGCACAGGCAGCGGAUUUGGUCAGAACCGAUCCCUGUGGUGGUUGGUGUUUAUUGUGAAUUACGUACAUAG